AUUUUAAGACUGAAAAACUUUCCUAGUUUACUUUAGCUUAAGUUGUAAACUUGGGGAUUAUUUAAGUUGACUUUUAAAUUUUUCAUAUUUUGAUUUUAAACACAAAGCAUUCAUCCCUCUAUCCAACUUUCCAGCCAUCUAUCCAUUCUUACUUAAUAAUCAACAAAGUACUAUUCAUCUUAAUUAAUUCAAGAAUAAGUUCUAAGCACUCAAUGAAGUUCCUAGCUCACACCUUGAUUUAGUUGUGAAUAGAAGUUGGAAGUUGUAUUUAGAGUAAACGAAAUAGAAGAAUUUAGUCUGUUUCUCUCCUUAGCAACAAAAUCAUCUUUAAAGUUCUUAAAGGCACUGUAGACGUAAUUUUAAUUGUUUCACCCAUUCAUUAGCAAAGAGGAUUUUCAUUAUUCAUACGUAAGGGGGACAUUAUUGUCUAUUAUUGAUUAGCCAAGAGGAUGUCAAAUAUUGAUUAGCCAAGAGGAUGUCAAUAAUUGAUUAGCAAGGAGGAUGUCAAUUAUUGAUUAGCAAGGAGGAUGUCAAUUAUUAAUUAGCAAGAAGGAUGUCAACUAUUGAUUACCAAGGAGGAUGUCAAUUAUUUAUUAGCAAGAAAGAUGUCAAUUACUUAGUCAUUGUCAAGGAGGAUGACUAUGACUGCAAAGAGGAUAACUAUCAUUGCUGUUUAAACGAAGAUGAUACCUGCUUAAUAUCAAAAGAUAAGAUCAAGGAAGAUAAAAUAAAAUCUAAAUAUUAUUAUUUUCAGAAGAAAAUGUCAGAGUUUCCGAGUUUAGGAGAAAACUGCAUGUGGGCUGCUUGCAAUGAUCUUGACUUCCUACCUAUAGUUUGCCAAUUCUGCAAGCUAAGCUUCUGUAAGCUACAUUUCCUGCCAGAAUCACAUUCAUGCACACAAUUGGUUGAUGUUCGGCCAGAUAAUCUUGUGAAGAAUGAAGUUAGAUACAGUUGCGAAGUGGAAAAGUGUGGAAAAUGGGAGAUAGCUCCUGUGAAAUGUCAGCACUGUUCCAUGCAGGUCUGCUUAAACCAUCGGUAUCAGGAUACUCACAGCUGUCCCAAGCUCGACAAGAAAUCUGGUCUCAUGCUGAACACUAAAGCACAUGUAGAAUCCAUCCUAGCAAACAAAACUACUAAAACAGAGAUUAUAACGCCACGAAGUAAAGCAGCGCAGAAGACAGCUGCCAAAGUUCAGCUGAUGAAACUCAAAAUGAAGUCUAAAGGACAAACUAGUUUACCAGACUCAGAGAAGAUCUAUUUCCUUGUUCACCCUCCAAAGGAGAGUCAGAAGCCUGCAAUUGGUUGUAUUGUCGGAAAAGAGUGGAGUCUAGGGAGAAUUAUUGACGCUUUAGCUGAAUUGACUGGAACUAGAAAUGAGAAUAAUGUGACGGGGGCAAGAAAACUAAGAUUAUUCAGGAAAGAUGGAGAACUUGUGGUGGGAAGCUCGGAGCUAUCAACCAAACUUUCUACUUUGCUGGAUUCAGAAACCUUGUUUAACGGAGACACAAUCCAUCUUGAUUUUGAAACUUGACAAUAUAUGAGAAAUUUUUAACUAAUAAAACCUUUCAAAAUAUGCAAAUCUGUUUCAGAAAAA